AUGUCUUCGUCAGACUUUGCUGAUAACAUUUCCAAGUGGGAGGAACGUGUAUGCAUAAACAGUGGAAGAAAGUUUUUCAAACCUAAAGUCAGUGGAUCUAUUACACCUGCUGUUGGAAUGUUUUUUAAGUCAUUUGAUGAGGCUUUUGCGUUUUAUCAGAGAUAUGCACUUGCUGCAGGUUUUUCUGCAAGAAAAAAUACCUCUUGGAAAAAUGUUGGUGGUUUAGUGAAAAUAAGAUAUAUUGUCUGUUCAAAAGAAGGAUUUCAUGUUAGCAAAGAAAUAGAUUCUGGUUCAGCUGAGAAUAGUAAAAAGAUUGUUAGACGUAAUAGAGGUUCAAAAAGAGUUGGAUGCAAUGCUCAUGUGAAACUAAUAUUAAAGAACAAUAAUAUGUUUAAAAUCUACUACUUUGAAGAAGAACAUAAUCAUAUCUUUGUUGAAGAUGAAGAUAUUCAUUUCUUGCCGGCUGCCAGAAGUAUCGAUUAUGUGAAAGAAAGUUUUAUAUCUGGAUUGUCUGCAAUCAAUAUUGGACCUGUUAAAGCAUUCAGUAUUAUGAAAACAAUGUAUGGUGGUUUUGGUGAAGUUGGUGCUAGUAAAGUUGAUUGUAAGAAUUAUAGAAGGGAUUUGAAUCUUUACAUCGGAGAGUAUGAUGCAGAAAUGGUAGUUAGGCGUCUUAUUAGGAAGAAAGAAUGUUGUCCUGGUUUCAAAUGUGAUUAUGUUAUUGGUGAAGAUAGAAGAUUGAAAGGGCUUUUCUGGGCUGAUGAGCAAUCAAAAAAAAAAAAUUAUACAGUGUUUGGUGACAUAUUUGGUUUUGAUGCUACUUAUAAAUCAAACAAGUAUGAUUUGGUUUUUGUACCAUUUACUGGUAUUGAUAAUCAUUUUAGGAAUGUCACAUUUGGUGGUGCAUUACUUGGUUCGGAGACUUCAGAUUCUUAUAGAUGGCUUUUAAGGUGCUUUGUUAAUGCUUUUGGAAGUGAGCCUAAAGUUGUUGUUACUGAUCAAGAUGCUGCAAUGAAGAGAGCUAUUAAGGAUGUACUUUCAAGAAGUAGGCAUAGGUUAUGUAUGUGGCAUAUAUGGGAGAAAUUGAAGACAAAGGUAUUAACUGCGUUUUAUGAUAUAACAAACUUUGGUCCUGUUUUGUCAGCAAACACUGAUUUUAAUACAAGAAUGACUCAUGUUGUUUGGAAUGAUACUAUUAUUCCAAAAGAUUUUGAAACUGAGUGGCAUUUAAUAAUGUCUACUUUUGGAUUGGAAAAUCAUGAGUGGUUAAAAGAUAUGUACGAUCUUCGAUUUGAUUGGAUUCCUGCUUAUUACCAUGGAGAGGAUUUGGCUGGACUUAUGCAUACUACGUCAAGAUGUGAAAGCGAGAAUUACUUCUUUGGUCAGAUUUGCAAUCCAAGAUGUACACUUGUUGAAUUUUUCACUCAUUUUGAGACUGCAAUGGAUAUUCAAAGGCAUGAGCAUAGGAGGAAUGAUCAUGAUACAAGGUAUAUUGAGUGUAAACCCUGGAGUGACUUUGUAUUGGAGAAACAAGCAUCAGAAAUAUAUACCAAAACUAUUUUUAAGGAUAUUCAGGUGCAAUACAGCAAACAAGAAGAUGGUUUAAGUAUAAGUUGUUCUUACAAACGGUUUGAACAAUUUGGUAUAUUGUGCCGCCAUAUAUUUUACGUAUUACGGUAUGAUGAUAUAAGUGAGUUUCCUAGAAGAUAUGUUCAUAGAAGAUGGAUGAGAGAUGUUAUUUCAGUUGGAUCAAAUCAUUCCAAUAUUCGGUUUGAUGAAAUUGGUAGGAAUAGUGAAAUUGAUAAAGUUUAUAGAGAAAUCGUUGUUGCAAAUGAGUAUGUGGUUAAUAGGCUGGUUGGCGAUUUAGAUGAACUGUGUCGUUACAGGGAUCAUAUUAAAAGUUAUAUUGAUAAAGCGGAUGAGGUUAUGGUUGUUGCGCCGCCUCCUAGUCGCAAAGAAAGAUUUGCUGAUAUUGGAGGGAACUUAGAAAAAUCAGAUUCUAUGAUUCGUGUCUCGAUCAAAAUAAGGACCAAAGAAUGCGGUGUACAAAAAAGGAUCAAGUCUAAUCGUGAGAUUGCAAUUCAGAAAUCAUCAAAGAUCCAGAAAUCGUGCCGUGUAUGUGGUGGAAAAGGACAUAACAGUCGCACAUGUAAAGAUAAGGUUUCUUCUAAUGUUAUAGGUUCUAGCAAUGCAAUGUAA